AUGAACUUCAUCCGCCUGGUGUGGCAGCAGAUGCUCACCGCCGUGAACGCGAUCCACAACAAGCACAUCAUCCACAGCGACCUCAAGCCCGGCAAUUUCCUCUUCGUCAAGGGCCAGCUCAAGCUCAUCGACUUCGGAAUCGCCAAGUCCAUGCCUCCCGAAGCCACCAGCGUGCUCCGCGACAGCCUCAUGGGCACGCUCUCCUACAUCUCUCCGGAAGUGCUCCUCGAGACGGGAAAUGCCGGCGACCACGGCGUCCGCAUCCGCCGGUCUGCGGACGUCUGGUCGCUUGGCUGCAUCCUCUACCAGAUGGUGUACAAGCGAUCGCCGUGGCACGGGCUUUCCCAGCACCAACGCCUCCUCGCGAUCGUCCAGAGCUCCUUCCAGAUCCCGUUCCCGUCGCUGUCAAAUCCAUGGCUGCUGGACGUCAUGAAGGCCUGCUUGCAGCGCGAUCCCGCGAAGCGGCCGGCGAUUGAGGGCCCGAACGGGCUGCUGGAGCAUCCGUUCUUGCAGCCGCAGGGGCAGCGCGCGCUGCAGCUGUACAAGCAGAUGUCGAUGGACAACGCGAUCAUGCGGGAGGUGAUUCGGCAGAUCCACGAAGUGGCGAGGGAUCAGCGAUGGGAGAAGGAAGGGAUCGUGCCGUUGGUGACGAAGGAACUCGUCAUUCAGAGGGCGAGGAAUCGGCCGAUCGAUGUGAAGGCGGCGUUGACGAAUGCGGAGAGGAAGUUGGCCGUGUAGUGUGUGUACUCUA